UUACAGAGGGGGUGAGUGUCGCUUGCAUCAGCAAGCGUGUAGACUGCUUUCACCGGCAAAGUUCGAAGCAGCUGUUUGCCUUUGUUUUAAACUUUAAACGCUGUCGACAGUUGUGGUGGAUAACAACGACCAAAUGAAACUUUUUGUAAGUGAAGGCAAUCCCCAGUGCCUGAAGGUGUUAGCAGCGCUGGAAGUGACUGGAGUGCAGUGUGAUGUUCAGUACGUUAACCAUGAAGAGAGAGUGGUUCCUUUCCUUAGCUGUCCAGUUUUGCCUGUGCUGCUCCUCUCCAGUGGACAGCCCCUUUUCAGCACUAAUGCCAUCUGUCGGUAUCUGUUUGAAGUAAGUGGACAUGAAUCCAGUGCACUUUGCAAUCAGUGGCUUGAAUGGGAAGCCACUGAUCUUCAGCAUGCAGUGCAUCAAGCUCUUCACAUGGCAGUCAUGCAGGGAAAAGGAACAGAAGUGGCCAAGGUCCUCCAGAGGCCCUUAAACUACUUGGACCAAAGCUUGAACAAAAGAAACAUGACAUAUUUAACUGGGGAGGCUGUUUCAGUUGCUGAUGUUGUCUUAUGUGCGGCACUGUAUCCCUUUUUAUCAGACUCUUCACUAACAGGUGACCACCCAUCUCUUAAAUCUUGGUUUGACCGUGUGGGUGGUAUGCACAGUUGUCAGAAAGCGCUGCAGGGAAAAGGCUUGCAGACCAUGAAGAGCUACAUGCAGAGGCAGCCUCCCCCUCAGAGCAGCCAUUGCAGAGACGCACAGCUGUGCACCAACAACCCUGCUGAGUGUGAUGAAGGAGAGCGUGUAGUGUCAGAAGAAGAGAUGGAGGCAGCUGCUCUUACCUGGAGUAAAGCUUUGAAUGCCAGAUCCACAGACAGACAACAUCCCAUUUUGCCUCAGGAUGGUGUACGAAAUGUCCUGGUGACCAGCGCCUUGCCUUAUGUCAACAACGUCCCACACCUAGGCAACAUCAUUGGCUGUGUCCUGAGUGCUGAUGUAUUCUCCAGGUAUGGACGUCUGCGAGACUGGAACCUGCUCUUUGUCUGCGGCACAGAUGAAUAUGGCACGGCCACAGAGAAUAAGGCCAGAGAAGAGGGCUUAACACCACAGCAGAUCUGCGACAAGUACCACACUGUUCACUCCAUCAUCUACAAGUGGUUCCAGAUUGACUUUGAUUUUUUUGGCAGAACCACCACAGAGAGGCAGACUGAGAUAGCCCAGGAUAUUUUCUGGCGACUCCACGAGCGUAGCUUUCUCAUUGAAGACACAGUAGAGCAACUGCGGUGUGAGAACUGCCAUCGCUUUCUGGCUGACCGCUUUGUAGAAGGCAUAUGUCCACAUUGCAACUACCCAGAAGCUCGUGGCGAUCAGUGUGACAAGUGCGGACGUCUCAUCAAUGCUGUAGAGCUCAGGGAUCCCCAGUGUAAAAUCUGCAGACAAACACCAGUCAUCCGCUCAGCCAAACAUCUUUUUCUGGAUCUGCCAAAGUUGGAGAGUCGGUUGGAGCAGUGGCUGGACAACUCGACCAGUGCAGGUGACUGGACAGCAAAUGCCAAACAGAUCACUCGUUCUUGGCUGAGAGAUGGGCUCAAACCCCGCUGCAUCACCAGAGAUCUUCAGUGGGGAACACCAGUACCUCACCCUGACUUUAAAGACAAGGUGUUCUACGUGUGGUUUGAUGCACCAAUUGGUUAUCUGUCUAUUACUGCCAGCUAUACUGACAAAUGGGAAAAGUGGUGGAAGAAUCCACAGCAGGUGGAGCUGUACAACUUCAUGGCUAAGGACAAUGUUCCGUUCCACAGUGUGGUGUUCCCCUGCUCCCUACUGGGAGCUGAGGACAACUACACUCUGGUCAGCCACCUAAUUGCCACUGAAUAUCUUAAUUAUGAGGACACAAAGUUCUCAAAGAGUCGUGGUGUUGGUGUGUUUGGCGAUAUGGCAAAGGACACGGGUAUCCCGUCUGAUGUGUGGCGUUUCUACCUGCUGUACGUGCGACCAGAGAACCAGGAUUCAGCCUUCUCCUGGGCUGAUAUGGCUCUGAAGAACAAUUCUGAGUUGCUCAACAAUCUGGGCAACUUCAUCAACAGAGCAGGCAUGUUUGUCACCAAGUUUUUUGAUGGUUGUGUGCCUGCGAUGGUGCUACAGCGAGAUGAUAAGAAGCUCCUGGCUGUGGUGGGCUGGGAGCUGCAGCAGUACAUCCAGCUCUUGGACAAAGUCAGAAUCCGUGAUGCUCUGAAACACAUCCUCAACAUUUCGCGCCAUGGCAACCAGUAUAUUCAGGUCAAUGAACCCUGGAAGAAGAUCAAGGGAAAUGAUGCAGAAAUGCAGCAUGCAGGCACUGUAACAGGUGUGUCUGUGAAUAUCGCCUGCUUGCUGUCAGUGAUGCUGUUGCCGUACAUGCCAACAGUCAGUCAAACCAUCAGGGAUCAGCUCAACGCCCCUGACGGAUGCAUCCACACCAUGCUGCAGGGCACCGGCACCUUUGUUUGUGCCCUGAAACCCGGUCACCACAUCGGCGCUGUCAGUCCGUUGUUCCAGAAACUGGAGGUGGACCAAAUUGAGACUUUGAAGAAGAGAUUUGCUGGACAGCGGCCUGAGGACGAACCACCUAAACAAAAGCCAAAGAAGACGGCUCAGAGCGCUGAGCCUGCCGCUGUGCCAGGUGCUGCUGCUGAGGUGGCAUUAACAAACGGAGUGGACCCAGAGAAAGCCAAACUGCUGGCACAGGCGGUGGCCGAGCAGGGGGACAAAGUGCGAGCGCUUAAAGCCCAGAAAGUGGAGAAGGUUCUGAUUACAGCAGAGGUGGCCAAACUGACGGACCUGAAAAAGCAGUUGGCUGUGGCUGAGGGGAAAGGUCCAGAAGCCACUCAGAAGGGCAAGAAGAAGUGAGACAGAUAAACAGAGGUUAGUCAGAGGAAGGAAAGACUAGAAUGGUUUAAGGUGCGAUAGUGGGGGAGAAACUAUGUACAGUGAGAGAGAGAUGAGGGUUUUGGCUUAAGGCAAAGCCGUGACGGGAUCUAAGACAAUGUGGUAUUGGCACCGAGGACUAAUGAAAUGCUGGAUAGGCCAACGGGGAAAUGAAAACACACUAAAAGAGAGUCAAAUGAAUACAGCUACAGAACGGAGGGAUUUUUCACAAAUCCCUACACCAAAAGAAACUGAUUUUAUACUCGCCCUGUGAAAAAAUAAGCAUACCAUAUUAGUGUUGGAAGGUGUACUGCAUUUUUAUUUUAUUUUUUAAAUAUCCCCUGGAAUUUUCUGUUAUUUGUUACUAAUGCCUUCUUUUUUCAUCCAACAAAUAAAGUUCAGAUAGAAGUCAUCUGUAACCUUUCUCAUUUGCUUCUGAAAUGUUCAAUGAAACUCCUUCAUACCAAGUUUUAAAGACACAUAAGAAUUAUAUGGCGCUUAUAACCGCAUUUUUGUUUUUUGUUUAUUGCAAAUUUAUUAAUUACAGUAAAAGACAAAAUAAAUGGUAUGGAAAAAUACAUGUAUGUUGGUAUCAUCGUGAUAAAAGCCAUGCAUAUUAUCCUACAAUGAACAUUUUAUGCGCAUACAUUGAUAAAAUAACAGAAUAUGUUGGUAUAUUACAGUACAAGCCAUUAGAGUACAAUUAGAUAUAUUACAGGAUUGUAUUAAAAAAAUAGCAAA